AUGGGCCACUCGUUGCCCGCCUCUACCUUCCCUCCCGGAUAUUUCGAAGAAGAUGUCUCACAGCGAACAUUGGGGACGGCAAUCGCCUUUAUCGUCCUCGAGAUCAGCGUUGUGACCCUACGAGUGAUUUCGCGAAGGCUUGUUAGAGCUCCUUUUGGAAUGGAUGACAUGUUGAUCUUCCCGGCGUUGUUGUUCUGUCUUGGUUUAUGCGCUCUCGCCAUUGUGGAAACAAAAAUUGCAGGCAUCGGUCGGCAUCUGGAUGUUCUUCUAGUCACCAAUCCUGCCGCCAUCGUCCACUGGGCCAAAUGCGGAUAUGCCAUUGAGGAACUGUAUUGCACUGCUGUAGUUUUUCCAAAGCUGUCCAUCCUCUCGUCUUAUUUGCGAAUAUUUAGGACGAAGUCUUACCGUGUGACUGCCUACGUCCUUGCAGCAAUCAUUACUGCGAACGGAAUUGCAGGAGUCGUCACGUCCCUUAACUCCUGUCGUCCAUUUUCGAUUAGAUAUGAGCGUCCUGCAGAAGAAGACCUCUACUGCAUCAAAAUUGUGGAUUUCUGGCGUUGGAUCAGUUUUCCAAACAUUCUUACGGACGUAAUUAUGCUCGUAUUGCCUCUUCCUGUAGUCUGGAGUCUACAUGUCUCGAGAAAGGAUAAACUCGCUCUUACCUUGAUAUUUCUCACUGGGGGCAUAGGACUGGUAACGUCUAUUAUUCGGUUUGCAAUAUUCUUUGACGUCUCCGCGCUCAAGGAUGGAACGUUCGUCAGUGCGGAAUUGGCCACUUGGUCUCUUGUAGAGCCAGGAAUCUAUUUACUUGCGGCAUGCCUUCCAACGCUUCGACCACUCGUCCUUAAGCUAGCCACUGGGCUUCAUACAGUUAAAGAGGUUUCAGGAGGUAGCAUGCCAAACAGUAUCCCGCUGGAGUGGCGUCAAAGCAGGCCACAUGACCAAAGGAGUGAUGAGGAUAGCAUACUUCGUAACUGAGAACUGAUGGACGAAUUUGUUUGAUUCUCAAAAUAGGGAUGAAGAGAUGAGGCGAUGACAUUGGGAGGUCUUCAUGUACAUUCGGC